AUAACACAGUAAGUCCUGAGAAGUUGUAGAAAAACUAGAUAAUUUUAGUGGCUAGAAAAGCACAGAGCUGACGUUUUGGCAGCAGGCUGGUAGAAGACUGAUCUUUCAACUCUGUGAAGAUGAUGCAGACCUGGUUGCUGGUUUCUCUCCUGCUUUCUCUCUCCUGGGCCCAACGUUCAGAGCCCAUGUUCAGGGCAAUGACCAAGAUGAUGCUGCCCCCAGACUAUGAGAACAACCCCACCCAGCUCAACUAUGGGCUGGCAGUGACGGAUGUGGACGGAGAUGGGGACCUAGAGGUGCUGGUGGCAGGGUAUAACGGGCCCAAUCUGGUGCUGAAGUAUGACAAUAGCCGGGAGGUGCUCUAUAACAUUGCUGUGGACAACAAGAGCUCCCCGUUCUAUGCACUACGUGAUCGCCAAGGCAAAGCCAUGGGAGUGGCAGCCUGCGACAUUGAUGGGGACGGCAGGGAGGAGAUUUACUUCUUGAACACCAACAACGCCUUCUCAGGUCUGGCCACAUACUCUGACAAGCUCUUUAAAUUCCGGAAUGGUCGCUUUGAGGACCUCCUGAGUGAUGACAUCAAUGUGCGCAAAGGAGUGGCCAAUCGCAUGGCCGGGCGCUCUGUGGCCUGCUUAGACAGAAAGGGCACUGGUCGCUACUCUAUCUACAUUGCUAACUAUGCCAGCGGUAAAGUAGGGGCCCACGCGCUGAUUGAGAUGGACGAGGCUGCCAGUGACUUGUCCGCAGGGAUCAUUGCCCUGUCUGAUGUGGCCGAGCAGGCCGGGGUCAACAAGUUAACAGGAGGGCGUGGUGUGGUAGUGGGGCCCAUCGUGAGCCAGGUGCAGUCCGAUAUCUUCUGUGAUAACGAGUACGGGCCCAACUUCCUGUUCAAGAACAACGGAGACGGCACCUUUACCGACAUUGCAGGACAGGCGGGUGUUGACGACCCCUAUCAGCACGGCCGUGGGGUGGCGCUAGCUGACUUCAACCGGGACGGCAAGACAGACAUUGUGUACGGCAACUGGAACGGGCCACACCGACUCUUCCUGCAGACCAGCAGCAACCGCAAACUGAGAUUCAAGGACAUCGCCACUCAGAAAUUCGCCAUGCCCUCUCCGGUCCGUACCGUCAUCGUGGCUGACUUUGACAACGACCAGGAACUUGAGGUUUUCUUCAACAACAUUGCGUAUCGCGGCUCGUCUGCCAACCGCAUCUUCAGGGUGUCUCGGCGGGACCACGCCGACCCUCUGAUCGAGGAGCUCAAUAUAGGGGAGGCAGCCGAGGCUGAUGGCCGUGGGACAGGAGCUGCAGUGACGGAUUUCGAUGGGGAUGGAAAGCUGGAUCUGAUAGUGGCUCAUGGGGAGAGUGUGGCUCAGCCCCUCUCGAUUUACAAAGUCAACCAGGGCACUGCCAAUAACUGGCUGCGUGUGAUCCCUCGCACCCGGUUCGGAUCUUUUGCACGAGGAGCGAAGGUGGUCGUCUACACAAAGAAAAGCGGGCCCCACACACGCAUCAUCGACGGGGGGUCCGGCUACCUGUGUGAGAUGGAGCCUGUCGCUCACUUUGGACUCGGCAAGGACUCAGUGACCACUGUAGAGGUGAGGUGGCCUGACGGCAGCUCAGUGGCUCGCCCCCUAGUGGCCAGCGAAAUGAACUCAGUCCUGGAAAUCCCCUACCCACAGACUGAGAGCAAGGAGCAGCCUGCAGAAAUUGAGUGUGGACAAGGAUUUGCUGCCGAUGAAAAAGGCCUCUGUACAGACAAAGAUGAAUGCAACGAAUUCCCCUCUGUGUGUUCUGGGGACAGGCCGGUGUGUAUCAACACCUUUGGAGGGUACAAGUGCAGGCCCAACAAGAGGUGUGGCCAUGGCUUUGAGCCCAAUGAAGACGGGACAGCCUGUGUGGCUCAAAUUGCUUACUUUGGGGGGAAUCGUUCCUCGUCUUCCAGGCCCUCAGCUGGUCUCCCCCAGGUCUGUGUGGCUCUGCUUGGCCUCGCUCGCUGGCUGCAGGCUUGAACCCCCUGUCUCCUCUUCUUUUUUCUC